AUGGAUCGACAAAAAGAUUCUAGAAUGGAUUUGGAUGAGAAUGGUGAAGGCGAAGAGGAGAGUCCUCGCUUUUUGCAAAAGGUUUGUUCAACUACCCUCCCUAUUUAGCAUUUUUAGAGAAAAUUUGAAAAAGUUCCGCACAUUUUUCACCCAAAUCAACAAAGUUUUGCGAACUGAUAGGGAAGUUCAGACAUGUUUUUUGCGGUAAAUAAAUCAUGUUUUUUAUCAUUUAUGAAUUUAUAUGCUGUCAAAUGUUUUAACUGUUUGAUUGGCUUAUGUUAUCAGCUUAACUGAUAAGAAGUGACCAAAUUCUAUAUUAUACCUACAUGAAAUAAGUACAUGAGUACGGUAGAAAUCUUUUUUUCUGAACUUAUCUUAAAGGAUGUUAGGCAGCUCCUGAGGUCACUUGAAAAACAUACAGUAAACAUUUUUUAUAGAUCCGAGACUUGGCAAUGGUUGCGUACAAAACACAAGAAAAUUACCGAAAAACAACAAUUCCAUCAAAUGUUUUCAAGAGACCAAGUGAUACACGUUUUGGAGAAAACAGACAACUAUUCAUGCCAAAUGGUUUAUACAAGGGACUUCCGUAUAUUGCGAAAAGUAAAAAAGAACUCUGGAUGGAGCCGGCUGUUUUCAUGGAAACUGUGAGAUUUUUUUUUUUGAAUUUUAAGAAUUGAACCUGGAAAUUAAAGUUUGCAUUUCAGAGUUGUUCCAACUCUCCUUUUCCCUAACCAUUUAAAAUAUUUCCAGGUCUUGAACCCAAAAGUUCGUGAAGGUGUCGAAGUAGAACGCUUUGUUUUCAAUUUGGAAACUGAAGAUUUCGAAUUGAAAAAAACGGUUAGUAAAUUUUUCAUUCCGUUUUUCAAAAUGUUUUCAAAUUUCAGAGAAAGUUCACUGAAGACGAUAUUGAUUCUGGUAUAAUUGCUCAGGUUUUGACCGAUUUAACUACAAUCACUCGGAAUGAAGUGCAAAUUUAUUUGGGAGAGAAACCACAGGUAAGUCUCUGACAUAGUGAAUCAGGCUUCGGUUUGAAAAAUCCGUUUUGAAAUUUCAGGUUCAGCAACCUCUCAUGAAUGAGAACUAUCCGAUCGAUAGAGAAACGAUGCAAUUGCUGAUGAAUCCUGUUCUCCCAUAUUCAGUCUCCAGUGUUGUGAGCAGCAAUGAAAUUCCGGGACCGUCAAGCGUGAAAUUCCAAAAAUUUAGCAGAGACUAUUCACCAAAAACUCUUCAAAUUGGAGGACAGAAGCGUCGAGCUUCGAACAAUCGGGUAAAUAUUUUUUUACGAUCUCUGUAUAUUUUUUUUUGUUUUUUUUUCAGAAAGGAUUCGGACCGGUUUUGAAAAAAGCGAAGAGCAGCGAGGAGGCAACGAGCCGCAAAAAGAAAAAUGGCUCGCAAGAUGGAAUUUGA